GUCCGGGGGGACCCAGGCGUCCGGGGGGACCCAGGUGUCCGAGGGACGGAGCCAGCGCUGCUGGGGGACCCAGGCGUCCGGGGGGACCCAGGCGUCCGGGGGACGGAGCCAGCGCUGCUGGGGGACCCAGGCGUCCGGGGGGACCCAGGCGUCCGGGGGACAGAGCCAGCGCUGCUGAGGGACCCAGGUGUUCAGGAGGGACCCAGGUGUCCGGGAGGGACCCAGGCGUUCGGGGGCACCCAGGUGUCCGGGAGGGACCCGGGCAUUCGGGAGGGACCCAGGUGUCUGGGGGAGGACCCAGGCGUUCGGGAGGAACCAGGCAUUCGGGUGGGACCUAGGCAUUCGGAAGGACCCAGGCGUUCGGGAGGGACCCAGGCGUCCCGCCGCCGGCUCAGGUUCCCGGGUCGGGACCGGCCGGACCGGAGCGGCUGCUGGGGGGGGGGAGGGGGGGAGGGCCCGGGCGUGUCCCCCGGGACCCGCGGUGUCCCGGUCCCUGUGCCCAUCCCCCACCCCCAUCCCCCGCCCCCCAUGCCCCCCAUUCCCCCCACCCCCCAUCCCCCGCCCCCGGGCUGGGCCGCCAGGGAUUUAAGGCCCCGGGGCGGCCGGUGGCGCCGGAGCCGCCACAGCCGGACCUGCAGGUGAGGGGCGGCGGCCGCGGUGUCCCCGGGUGUCCCCACGGUGUCCCCACGGUGUCCCCGGGUGUCCCCACGGUGUCCCCAGUGUCCGCAGUGUCCCAGGGGGUCCCCAGUGUCCCCAGGUGUCCCCAGUGUCCCACGGGUGUCCCCGGGUGUCCCCAGUGUCCCCGGGUGUCCCCAGUGUCCCCAGUGUCCCCAGGUGUCCCCAGUGUCCCGGGUGUCCCCAGUGUCCCCGGGUGCCCCCAGUGUCCCGGGUGUCCCCGGGUGCAGACACCCCCGCCUGUCACCAUCUCAGGGCCCCCCCAGCCGUCCCCCUCCCCAUGUCUGUGUGUCCCCGGCCUGUGUCUGUCCGUCCCAGGUCCCGUGUCUGUGUGUCAGUCCCAUGUCCGUGUGUCCCAGAUGACCAGUGACGUACAGCUCCCGCGUGUCCCAGGUGCCGUGUCCGUGUGUCCGUCCUGUGUCCGUGUGUCGUGUCCCAGGUGCGUGUCCGUGUGUCGUGUCCCAGGUGCCGUGGUCCGCGUGUCCGUCCCGUGUCCGCGUGUCCGUCGGGAUGACGGUGACGUACAGCUCCCGCGUGGCCACGGCGCGCUUCGGCGGGUUCUCCCGGCUGCUGCUGCUCUGGCGUGGCAGCAUCUACAAACUGCUCUACCGGGAGCUGCUGCUCUUCCUGGCGGCCUACGGGGCGCUCAGCGCCGCCUACAGGUGGGUGCUGAGCGAGCCGCAGCGCCGGCUCUUCGAGAAGCUGGUUCUGUACUGCGACAAAUCCGCCGACUUGAUCCCCGUGUCCUUCGUGCUCGGUUUCUACGUGGCCGUGGUGCUGGAGCGCUGGUGGGGGCAGUUCCGCGCCGUCCCCGCCCCCGACGGGCUGGCGGUGGCCGUGGCCGGGUCGCUGCGGGGGGGCGACGCGCGGGGGCGGCUGCUGCGCCGGACGCUGCUGCGCUGGGCGGCGCUGGCGGCGCUGCUGGUGCUGCGCGCGGUCAGCCCGGCCGCCCGGAAGCGCUUCCCCACCAUGGAGCACCUGGUGGAGGCCGGGUUCCUGACGCUGCCCGAGCGGCGCCGCCUCGAGCGCCUGCGCUCGCCCCACAACCGGUUCUGGGUGCCCUGCGUCUGGUUCUCGGCGCUGGCGGCGCGCGCGCGGGGGGAGGGGCGGCUGCGCGACGGGCCCGCCCUGCAGACCCUCCUGGAGGAGCUGAACCGGUUCCGCAGCCGCUGCAGCCUCUUGUUCCACUACGACUGGAUCAGCGUCCCCCUGGUGUACACGCAGGUGGUGACCAUCGCCGUGUACGCGUUCUUCGCCACGUGCCUGGUGGGCCGGCAGUUCCUGGACCCGGCGCAGGGCUACGAGGGGCACGAGCUGGACCUGGGGGUGCCCGUGUUCACCCUCCUGCAGUUCUUCUUCUACGUGGGCUGGCUCAAGGUGGCCGAGCAGCUCAUCAACCCCUUCGGGGAGGACGACGACGACUUCGAGACCAACAUGCUGAUCGACCGAAACUUCCAGGUGUCCAUGCUGGCCAUGGACGAGGUGGCCAUGGAGCUGCCACCGCUGGAGCGCAACCGAUACUGGGAACGGGGACCCCCGCGGGGACCCCCCUUCCGGGGCUCCGCCUUCGACGUCACGCUGCCCAAGGACGAGCUGCAGUUCCAGCUGCUCGACGACAUCGGGGACGCCCCGGGGGACCCCGGGGACCCCCUGGAGCCCCCCCCGGGGGACCCCGCGGGGCUGCGGGGGGGGGGACACGGGCUGGUUCCCGCCCCCCAGCGCCGAGGAGCUGGUGUAGGGGGGGACACCCCAAACCCCCCGGAAUAAACGGCCAUCCCGCCCA